CUGCUGCAGGACGGCGCCACGCUGCCGGUCUGAGUCCUUGUCCGCCCGGCGAUCGCCACCACGUCAGAGGGAAGUCCCAGCCGGUCCGUUGCCAUGCGGGGCGCGCGGGGUCCGCGGCGUAGCCCAGCCUGCCCGUGAUCCGAGGAUGUACAGGACGGUCCGAGAGGGCGACGCUAGCCUGCAGUACACGAUCCUCCCGCAGCGAGACGACGUGCCCCACGUGCUUGUCGACACCAUGACCCUCCGGCACGCGGUCAAGCGGCGCGGCCUCCGCUCGUCGUGCUGCGCGUGCGGCCCGUGGGGCCUGCGCUCGCGCCCGCUGCUGUUGCUCGGCGCCGUGCUCGCCCUGGGCUGCUGCGCCGUGCUCGUGGCCGCGCUGCUGCCGGCGCUCGCGUCCGCCUCGGACUUGGAGGCCGCGCUGCAGAACGCCUUCACCCUGGGCGGCGCGGGGCAGACGGCCAGCAUCAACCCCAACGUGCACCACCCGGCCGGCAGGCACCACGGCGAGGACGCCGACGAACGCCGCCCGCACCGGCCGCCGCGUCCCGCACGACCCUUCAGCGAGGAGGACGAGGACGACGCCGGCGACGACUACCCGUCCGGCGGCCAGGAAGUGGCCAUGGUGUCCGCCCCCGAGCUGCCGCCUCUGCCGCCGGCGGAUAUUGCCUACAACGCUCCCGUCGCCGCGCGCACCGUGCCCACCGAGCCGCCCUUCAAGUCCUUCAAGGGUACCGCCAAGGCUCGCGACGACCACGAUGACGACGAGAACGACGACGAUGACGACGACCUGUCCUUCGAGUCGAGGAGCAUCGAGGUGGCGGCCAGGCGCAUGCACGACGUGAGGCAGAGCGCGGUGCAGCCGAACCCGCCCGGAUUGCCGCCGUCGCUCCUGCCGCAGCGGCAGCCCCCCGCCGCCCCCGCCGGGCUCAUGCUGGACCCCAUGAUGCUGGGCGACGCGCCGAUGCCGCCGGUGCGCAGCCACCACAAGACCAACAACGGGCUGUACACCAACGAGGACGACCUGGACCACAACAUCCUGGACAUCCAGCCCCAGCGCUCUGCCCACGCCCGUGCCAGCACGCGGAUCUUCGUCGAGGCCCUGCUACCCAGCCUGCCCGGACAAGGAGAGCCGGAGCCGCCGCAGAGGAGGUCCUGGACGCCCUCAGCCAGCUUCUUCCACUGGACGGCGCAGACGAGCAAGUACGACUUAGUCGACAAGAAGCUGGCUAGAGGCCCACUGGAAGUUUGGAGGCUCAACUGGAGCCAGGCACGCCUGACCUUUACACCCGAGGAGUCGCCACAGUCCCUAAAGGCUUGCCAGAGCAAGCGCCGACCCAGGCAAGGUGCACCAGGGAUGAGUGAGCCACCCUCAGAAACAGAAACAAAGGAACGAGAAGAGGGCAGGAAAACAGGGAUUCCGCAAGAUCGUGCAGUUUGCGAAGUUGAUUUCCUUACUGUUCAGGUUUGA